AUGGUUAAAGCCGCUGUUCUUGGAGCGUCUGGUGGCAUUGGCCAGCCCUUGUCUCUUCUGCUGAAGACAAGCCCGCUGGUCGAUAGCUUGGCGCUGUACGAUGUUGUUAACACGCCGGGUGUCGCUGCCGAUCUUUCCCAUAUCUCUUCCGUUGCUAAAAUCUCCGGGUACCUACCCAAGGAUGAUGGGUUGAAAAACGCAUUGACCGGUGCCGACAUCGUUGUCAUCCCUGCCGGCAUACCCCGUAAGCCCGGAAUGACUCGUGACGACCUCUUCAAGAUCAACGCAGGAAUUGUGCGAGACUUAGCCAAGGGCAUUGCCGAGUACUGUCCCAAGGCAUUUGUUUUGAUCAUCUCGAACCCUGUCAAUUCGACAGUUCCCAUUGCUGCGGAGGUGCUCAAGGCCGCUGGCGUCUUUGAUCCCAAGCGUCUCUUUGGUGUUACCACCUUGGAUGUUGUCCGUGCCGAAACCUUCACCCAGGAAUUCACCGGUCAUAAAGACCCUUCUGCUGUGCAGAUUCCAGUCGUGGGUGGUCACUCGGGCGCAACUAUUGUUCCUCUCUUCAGCAAGGCCACCCCUGCUUUUGAGGUUCCUGCAGACAAGUACGAAGCUCUAGUCAAUCGUGUUCAGUUUGGUGGCGAUGAGGUUGUCAAGGCCAAGGAUGGUGCUGGUUCCGCGACCCUGUCCAUGGCUUACGCUGGCUUCAGGUUUGCCGUGAGUGUCAUCAAAGCCUCCAAGGGCGAAAAGGGUAUUGUUGAGCCUACCUUCGUUUAUUUGCCCGGUGUUGUCGGUGGCGAAGAAAUCGUCAAAGCCACUGGCCUUGAUUUCUUCUCUACCUUCGUGGAACUUGGUACAAAUGGCGCUGAAAAGGCUAUCAACAUUAUCGAUGGGGUGACCGAACAGGAAAAGAAACUCCUAGAGGUCUGUGUGAAGGACCUGAAGGGGAAUAUCGACAAGGGCGUCGACUUCGUCAAGAACCCUCCUCCAAAGUAA